GAAUCACCGGGGCGAUGCAUAUUAGGUUCUAGCAAGAGAUUCACAAAUACUUGUACUCCUUGCCCAUUGUAGCCCUGCAUAUCUUCCUCUCCACGACUUUGCGCAAAAUGCCUCCUGUUCUCCCCACCCAAGAGCUUGAGCCCAGACUCAAUACCGCCUGCCCUCUUAAUGUGGAGGAUAGGUGUAACAAUGGCGAAAAGGACUGUUGUUUGAUAGCUGUUAUGGGAGCAACAGGAUCCGGGAAGACGUCGUUCAUCAAUCUUGUCAGUGGAUCCAAGCUUGCGGUCAGUCAUGGCUUGGAUUCGAGUACAGACGGAGUGCAAGAAUCUGGCAUAUUUGAAGUCAACGGGCGCCCUGUGAAGCUUAUAGACACCCCUGGAUUCGACGACACGGCAAGGUCGGACAUAGACGUUCUUCACAUGAUAGCAGAAUACUUAUCUUCUCGAUAUCAGAGGGGUAAUGUGCUGCAAGGUGUGAUUUGGAUGCAUUCCAUCGCGGAUGAUAGAAUGAGGGGAAGGGCGCGUCGUGACUUCCAGCUAUUCCAAGCAAUGUGCGGAACGGAAGGCCUUUCCAACUGCGCCAUUGUGACCAACCGGAGGGCGUCGAUCGACGACAAAACGGACAGGGUCGCGAUCCGUGAUUCACGUGAAGACGAGAGGUUCCUGUUGCCAAUAGAGAGCAGCGCCUACGUCUGGCAACACAACAGCUCGCUUUCUUCUGCACAAGACAUAAUCCGGCAUCUUUUGGGUAACAAUCCUGCUCCGUUGAAGAUUCAGCGGGAGUUAAUUGAUGAACACAUGAAUUUGGCGGAUACGGCGGUCGGCCAAAUGCUUUACGGCUCACUUCUGACUGUAAAACGGAAGCAUGAGGAGGAUAUUCGACAGAUGCAAUAUGAAUUAGACGCAUUCAUGGAGCAGUGCUAUGAAGACGAACGACAGAGGAAGGAGCUGCAGUGGCUUUUUGCCGGAUCGCGGGGAAGGCAGAGGGAAGUCUUGGAGGAGAAGGUAGCGUUCGAAUGUGAGAACAUAGUGGCCGAUAGAUAGAAAGGGGAAGGUGAUACUCUGUCUGAUGUGAACGGCAUCAGGAUAUUCUCGUCUUGUGGGUUUUUGUUUGUAGUCGCUCCAGGGUCAAGCCCUACAUGGACUCCAUCGAGAGUACAAUAAAACCUCUUUGGGUCA